GCUCCGCCUCUUCCCAGCAAAGUGAUAUAUAAGAAGCAGCAUAUCACAUUAACUAUCUCCAUCAGUGUGUAUGGUACUAUCCCAUAACCAUUGAUUAUUCUUGACAAAAACACCUGUUAUUCAUCUACAGUUUUUAUGAGACUCUAAAUACGGAGUACUAACAGCUCCGUUGCGCGUUGCUGAUCUCACGACGAAUUACCCACUGCUCUUCUCCAACAUCUCCACCCCAAUCAGUUCAUCAUGGGUGCUGUUGAUAUUCCAGAGCUCCGGUUCACGCCUGUGGAUGAGAUCCCAGAACGUGUUAGGCGCCUCCGGACGACUUUCUUUCAGCAGAAGACCAGACCAAUUGAUUUUAGAAUCUUGCAGCUCCGGAAACUAUAUUGGGCGAUCAAGGACCGUGAACAUGCAAUUAAAGAGGCGCUUCACCGCGACUUGAGAAAAGCCGAAUACGAAUCGUACCUGACAGAAAUCACUAUGUUGGAAAAUGAUAUCAUCUUCUGCACCAAGAAUUUACCGAAAUGGGCUAAGGACGAGAAAGCGCCCGAUAUCGAUCUGACUUAUUCGCUGAUGAAGCCCACAAUCAGAAAGGACCCGUUGGGAUGUGUGCUGAUUAUUGGAGCAUUCAAUUUCCCGUUUCUACUUACCCUUGGUCCCGUCAUCGGUGCUAUCGCUGCUGGAAACACGGUUAUGAUUAAGCCCAGUGAAACUGCGGCCAACUCUGCCGCUGUAAUUCAGGAUAUCAUCGAAGCUACCUUCGAUCCAUCUUUUGUAUGCAUGACUCAAGGAGGAGUUGAAGAGACAAAGACCUUGCUCUCACAGAAGUGGGAUAAGAUCUGCUUCACUGGCAGCAGCAAAGUGGGUCGUAUUGUCGCCCAAGCAGCCGCUCCCAAUCUUACGCCUGUUCUCCUGGAACUCGGCGGCCGUAACCCUGCUUUCAUCACCAAGAACGCGGACCUUAGGCUGGCUGCACGACGUCUUCUGUGGGGCAAAACAUUAAAUGCUGGUCAAGUCUGUACGUCGCAGAACUACAUUCUCGCUGACAAGGAGGUCGUGCCGAGACUCGUCGAUGAGUUUGCGAAGGCUUUGAAGGAAUACUAUCCACAGGGUCUUAAGGCGUCUCCAGACUAUUCUCGGAUGAUCAACGAGGCCGCAUUCCAUCGUGUCAAAGCCAUGAUUGAUAACAGCAAAGGCAAGAUAUUGCUUGGAGGUACAAUGGAUGAAGCGGAGAAAUUCAUCGAGCCGACUGUAGUCCAGGUUGACUCUGUCGAGGAUUCUCUGCUAACUGAAGAAAGCUUCGGCCCAAUCAUUCCCAUUCUACCAGUUGAAAACUUGGAUGAGGCCAUUAAAAUCGCAAAUGAAAUCGACAGUACUCCGUUGGGUCUCUAUCCCUUUGGAACUAAGCAAGAGGUUGGAAAAGUACUUACCGCUGUUCGCUCUGGGGGAGCUUCCAUAAAUGACGCGUUCAUGCACAUUAGCGUUCCAACAUUGCCAUUCGGCGGAGUUGGCGAGAGCGGAACUGGCUGCUAUCAUGGCCGCAGCAGUUUUGAGGCAUUCGUCCACCGUCGUUCGAUCACCACUACUCCAGGUUGGGUGGAACGCGUCUUGGCUAUUCGCUAUCCGCCAUAUUCUGGCAAGCUUAGCAAGUUCUUGGGGGCUGGAGCCAUGAGACCAAAUUUUGACCGCAAUGGCCGGGAGAAGCGUGGCAUGUUAGGCUGGUUGGUUUGGAUGGUUACCUUGGGUGGUGGAGCAACUAAGUCUGGUGCUGCGAGAAGUACCGCAGCUGCUCUCGUUGCAUAUGGUCUUCAGCAAUAUGCCAAGCGAGCGUCAAAGCUCUGAAUUGAUGUAUUAUCAUAUUGCAUCGCGACAACUAGAACGAGGACUCGAGACAGAGAUACCUAGUGGAACUGGCCAUCAUUUUUGUAUAAAUUCUCUUUGAAUCCUGUUUGCCCUUUUGGGAUAUUCUAUCAGAGGAUCUUUACUCGGCAUUCGCACACGUGAUCUAUUUGUUUUCACAGUAUAUUGUAUUGAUAACCUUAGUGAACAUUUUAGUCGUGGGUGGUUGAAAAAUGAUAUUCAUUUCCCUGUUUGUUUUUAAAACCACAUUUGUCAACGUUGUUUUAAUUCCCAAUGCAGGUUAUUAGUAUCUAUGAUAUCCAAGCCACAGCCUCUUAAAUGCUGGAUUCUCUAAAUCUCAGCCUAGCAUGCCCUUCAGAAUCAUCAUCAGCACCUUCUCUCUACUCCCUUCCGGCUGACACAGAUAUAUUUCACCCCCUUGUACGGCUUCACGCCUUCUCCCAACCCUCGGCUGCGUCGCGGGUCAACGACCAAUCCAUCUACACGGAUCCCGCUCGGAAGCCAUCCGCGCACGGAAAACGAGAUAGAUACAGAAUUCGGCAUGAGAAGGGCGUUAGGGUGGGGCUUAUCGGUUUUUGACGCAGCCGAUUUAUUGCGACUCGAAGAAGGCGAGUAGAGUCCCUGGGAUUUAGCUUGGGACAUGAGCAUGUCCUCGUCAUAGUAGCCUUGGAGGGGGUUGAUCCGGGAUAUCUGGGAAGAAGUUGGGGUGCCGUCGUCGUUCUCAUCGUAUUCCUCCUUGUUGUCAGCGUUUUCUGUAUCGAGAGGCCCGACUACCGUACAUCGCAGGACGGCCGUGCCGGAGAUGCUUCCCGCAUCUCUAGUGGUGGUGGGGACGCGCCAUUCUAAAAAUUCGUUGCCGGGCAUGAAAGUCGCGUCUCCUCGGCUGGCUUGGAUAUCAGUGAUGUACCUGACGGAAGGUGGUAUUGGCACGGUCACAACCACGUCAUCUAAAGUCGGGGACGACGACGUGCUACUAGCGCCAAUAUUUCCAAGGAAAGAGGGUGUUGAGGUUCCCGAACCGCGGUUGGACCCGCCGCCGCCCCGUGAUGAAGCGUUUGUACCUGGAAAGUAGGUAUUCAGAGUGAGUCGGAUCUCGAAAUCUAACCCAUUGGGUCCAAGAGACUUUUGCAACGAGGCUGUUGCUGGAAGGAAAAGUUUCUCCAUAUGAGUUGGCGGCUCGUCCAGGUCAGGGUCUACAGGGAGUAGAUUGACCUCAUAGCCUGCGAGAAUGAAUCGUCCAUCUGGCGGUACGAAACUGAGGUCUCCAGGUCUCUCGCGCCAUCGAGCUAAUCGCACGCAGGGAUGGAAGACAGGUAGCUCAAGCUUAUGUGCCAAACUCUUUUGUCCUCCAGGUGCGGUUAGAGAGAGCAAGAGGUUGGGGACGCCGGAGAUUUUGGAAUUAAAGGCGAUGGUGCCGUUCGCUAUGGCGGAAAUGGCACGGCCUGAUGGAGCAAUUAUAACAUGGAGAGAUUCAAUGAUAUCAACGUAUAAUUCAUUUGAAGUGUG